AUGCUCUUGGCCUUCCCACGAAGGGUCUCAUUUCUAAGACCACUAACUAGGUACCUUAGUGGAUCUGGUCACAAUCAGCGGUUCCGCGUAGCCAUUGUGGGUACUGGUCCUGCCGGUUUCUACACGGCUCACCACUUGCUAAAUAAAUCAAAUGGCCUUUCUAUCAGCAUUGAUUUUUAUGAUAGACUUCCUGCUCCUCAUGGACUAAGUCGAUAUGGUGUUGCUCCAGAUCAUCCAGAGGUUAAAAAUUGUGAGGAAUACAUGGAUAAUCUCAUGAGGGACCACAAGGAUAAUGUACGGUUCUUCGGUAACGUUAACGUCGGCCGUGAUAUCACUCUCAAGAACUUGCAAGAUAUUUACCACUCCAUUGUGUUAUCGUAUGGAUGCACAAGCUCAGAUAACAGGCUCGAUAUCCCUGGAGCUAAUUCGCCAGCGGUGAUUCUGGCUCGUCAGUUUGUGAACUGGUACAAUAGCCACCCUGAUAGCGAGUAUACGAAAGCAUUGAUCCCGCCACCGCUUGACAAGAUCGAGAACGUCACGAUAAUAGGAAACGGCAAUGUUGCAAUUGAUGUUGCUAGGGUGUUGCUUGCUGAUCCUACGUCACAUUGGGCUCCCACUGAUAUAAGCGUUGAAGCUGUGGAGUUGUUGAGAAAAAGCACAGUCAAGCGCGUAAACAUUGUCGCAAGACGAGGUCUUUUGGAAUCUGCGUUCACCAACAAAGAGAUUAGAGAGUUGACCGAUUUGUCGAAGAAUCUGAACGUGAGAUUCAUCCCCAUUGACUCGGAGAUUAUGAAUCGUAUUAAGCCUAACGAGAAGCAGUUGUCUAGAGUAGACAAGAGGAAGUUUUCAAUACUUGAAAAAGCCAGCAAAGAAGCAAUGAAGUUGGAGCAAGAUCCUAAUUGCAAGCAGUGGGCGUUAGAGUUUCAAAAGAGCCCCAAAGAGUUUGUAAAGGACCCAGAAGAUCCUUCCUUGCUUAGGGAAACCGUAUUCGAGAUUAAUGAAUUGGUUCAAGACUCACUCACAAAGCGCGUCAGCGUCAAGGGUACUGGAGAGACGACCACCAUCCCUAACGAAUUGGUAAUCUUGUCGAUUGGCUACAAAGGAUCUCCUCUAGAAGGUUUCGAUGAGGUCGGUUUGGCCUUUGAUAUCAAAAAGAAUUGCUUAGUUCAUAAAGGGGGUCGACUCAUGCUCAAGGAUAAAGUAAGUGAUGACUUAGAGUACAAUUACAGUUACGAUAAAGGCUGGUAUACAUCCGGCUGGAUCAAGAGUGGGCCUAGGGGAGUAAUAGCCACUACGAUGAUGGAGUCAUUUGAUACGGCAAACAAUAUAUUGGAGGAUCUUAACAACGGCAUAUUCAACAAGCCAAGCAAAGAGCAUGGCGACAUUGACCUUCCCGACCACGCAGUUACUUGGGAAGGGUGGACCAAGUUGGAUAGUGAAGGUUCCAACGGUGAGAGAAAUGCUUAA